CCUAGCCCCAUAGUGAAUGAGCUAAUCUUUGCAAGCGAGCAAUGUCGUCGAUACCACCACUAGAUGGCAACGUGGAGCCCUGCGAGCUGUUUUUACGGAUUAGUGUAUUUGAGUAUUUUUAUACGGUUUAUGAUUUGAGUCAGUUAGCUAAUAUUUUCUUUUUUUGUUAAUGUCGGUGGGUUACCUUUCCCUAGCAUCUCGGUACUCAAAAGCCCAGUUUAGAUCAGAACCGUAAGAGCAGAAGAGACGAGACUGGCCUGAUUAUUUAGGGAAUGUUUGACUAUUGUCUGAGCGAAUUAAAUAGUACACAGUCCAAAACGACGGUUAACAAAUUACAUGACUGUUUCCAUAACAACGAGUUUUGAGUUGGUUGAGCGGCGCUUCUGCCAUGUCUCGUCAACUCUGCCAUGACUCUGCCUCUGGACCACAGAAUACAGUUCUAUGCUCGGAGACUACAAAAUAUCCGAUAAACUGCUUUAAAAUACUAAUUUAAAGGCUUCUGAGAAAAUGAUAAAAAUCGUAUCAUGCAGCAGAAGUAAAUCACAAUCAAAGUGGAGUCUUGGGGAAAGAUAUAAAAAGCUGCUGCUGGUUUGCGAGAGGAAAGGGUGAAAAAGAGGAAGAGAUGGCCGAGGGUAAAUCGGACAGUAACUGUAAUGUCAGCCCCGGGGGUGCCGGCCAUUUCGCCAAACGGUUCCAGAGAUCUCUCAGCCGGGCACAGGAGAAGGUAUUGCAGAAACUGGGGAAGAGUGCGGAGACCAAAGAUGAACAGUUUGACCUGUACGUCCAGAAUCUGAUGAAACAGCAGACCGAUGGGAACAGAUUAUUCAAAGACCUGAAAACAUACUACAACUCUGUGAAAGCGAUGCGCGAGGCCUCCAAACGCCUGUCCCAAACCUUGCUGGAUGUCUAUGAGCCUGACUGGAUAGGGGAUGAUGACCUGCCUGCAAUCGUGGAGGGUGAGGACCUCCUGUGGAUCGACUAUGAAGAAAAGCUGGCGGACCAAGUCGUUCGCACUAUGGACACCUACAUGUGCCAGUUCCCAGACGUCAAGGAGCGCGUGGCCAAACGGGGCAGGAAGCUGGUGGACUACGACUCCUCCCGCCAUAACCUGGAAGUGCUGAAAAAUGCCAAGAAGAAAGACGAGGCCAAAAUAGCAAAGGCUGAGGAGGAGUUCGCCUACAGCCAGAGUGUGUUUGAUGAGAUAAACACAGAGCUGAGGCAGGAUCUUCCAGUGCUGUACCAAAGUCGAAUCGGAUGCUAUGUGACAGUAUUUGAGAACCUCUCCAGCUUGCAGGAAGUCUUCCACAAGGAAAUGAACGCAUUCAACAGUGAACUCCAUGGCAUGAUGAAGAGCUUGGAGACUCAGCACUCAGACAAGGUGUUCAUCAUCAAAGGAUUACAAAGGUCUGCCUCUAAAAACUCCAAAAAGAGAAGGUCCUUUAGGAUUUCCUCUCCCUUCCAGAAUAGCAGCCCCUUCCCUGCUCUGGACCAGAGCAUCAGCCCUGUCCGCACCCUGAAAAGAAGCAGCAGAAGCUUCAAGGAGGACCUGGAGGCCGAGCCGCCAGCCAAUGAGCAAGCGGCAGACCCCACAUCUCUGCCCGCUGAGGAAGUGGGCCCUGCGGCUCCAGAAGAGACCUCGAGUGAGAAGCUGGAGGAAGAGGAAAUAGAAGAGGACGAGAAAAAGGAAGAAGAUCCUACUGUUGACCAGUCAGACCAGAACUCUGACCAGCCCAGCGCCUCUCCUUCCACCGACCCCGGGGCUUCUGAGCCCCGUAUCAUAAAUGGCACUCAGGAAGACCCCCCAGCACCUCUCGCAACCCCCGAGGACCUGGAACCAAAGGGGGAGGAGACCGGAGAUGCCACCAGCAGCACAGGAAACUUGCAGAAUGGCCCUGAUGUUGACGGCGAAGUCCUCAAGGGAGAUAUCUCACAGGAUGUAGAGGAGCUGCACAUCCGGGAAGAAGAGGCUGAAGGCAUUGCGGCCGGAGAAGAGAAGAGCCACCUGGUCGGGGAACAGGAGCCCCAGAAGCCCAAAAGGGCUAUCCAGGCGGACGAAACCCAGGGUGUGGAGGCACAGUGAGGGCAAAGCCUUUUUUGGAUGUCUGCUCCCUUUGACGCCAGGGGACAAACGCAUACAGAUGGAGUGACAAAAGGAAAGGCGCGACACCUGCAAACACCACAUCAACACGUCGGCCACACAGCUUGCAGGAGGACAGCCUGCUGUUUGUUUUUUUGUGUGGUUGUCAUGACUAUCCCUUGCCCUUCGUCCUGACUGAAAACCUGUCUGACGUAUGUCAUCUUCAUGGAAACCAAGACUGGUGUCCUAAAGGGAAGUAUCCAAGAGGAGGAGAGAAAUUGCAGUCGAUCAAAUUGUUCAAUAAGCUGUGUUCAACCUUUAUGGCCUUAAAUCAAGCCAAAAUUUUUCUAUAUUAACUAAUCAUACACUAUUAUUCCACAAAGGGGAGAUUUAUUAAUCAAAUUAAACCUGGAAAUUUGGCACCAAAAGUGAAUAUUUUGUAGUUUGGUAGCACCAUCACAAACACUCAUUAUCAGCUGUGAAAAGUUUGAUAUAUUUUCACUGUAUGAAUGUGUACCUUUGAGACUGGUAGUAGUUUGACAUGGUUCCAUACAGAAGUCACAUGGAAUCUGAAGUGUCCUUUACAUCCUUACUGUAAGUAUAUUCCAAAUGCAUUUUCAGAAGUUAAUUUUAAAUAAUUUCAGUAUAACAUUUUCUGGGUGAAUGGCCUACACCGGCUCUUGUCAGGGCAAUUAAAAUGUUUGUUGUUGCGGUUUUUUAAUGGGUGCUGAGGAACACGCUGAUAUCCAAAUGAUUUAAUUUUCUGAAAUAUGUUUGAAAUAAUUGCUUAUUCAGGUUUGACAGCAGAAUGUUUCUAACUAUACAAAUUUGAUGUAAAAUAUUUUGAAUUCACUCAAAUAAAAGUGAAAUUUAAGCAAACGGAGAUGAUCUUUUCGGAACUUGUUCUUGUUGUCAGUGUUACAUCAACCUCGUGUUUGCCGACAGUCUCGUGAAACUUAGCAUUCACAUACAUUUAAAAAUAGCAUGUUCUAUUUCCACACCAGUGUAAGUUACACACGUGGCAAGUCACUUGAUGGGGUAACUUUGCAUUUCGUAGUGGCAUGUAGUCAUAUUUCGCAAGAGUUAUUAAAUUUGUAACCCCAUAAUAAAGCGUUAGGGUAUUUUUGUUCCUUGAAUCAGGUUCAUUGUCUUAUUUUCCGCGGGGACGAGCGAGAGGCGGAAGGCUCAUGAACGCGCGUUCUAUGAAACCUCGCGGCACCCUCCGACCGUCUGCUUUGUUGGGACGUCUUUUGAAGUUUAGCCGCUGCCAAGUAAGCUAGGUUUAUGUGUUUGUUCCGUUUAAGUAUGUUGUUUUAUCCAGCUAUUUAGAGAAAACGAUACUGUAAUUGUACCUUACAGCAACUACUUAGUUAGCUAGCCAACUCCGGUUUCAGACUCGUCCAGGUAUUCAAACAAACCCCUUGAUCUGAUUGUUGAUCUGCUGUCACCAUGACGGUCACGCCACUCAUUACAACUCCAGAUGUAAUGCCGUACACCACUGCCGUUCCCCCCCAGACGGACUCCACUGUGAUUGGAGUGGUGAUCGCGCUGGUGCUGCUGACCAUGGCCGGCCUGGCCUUCCUGCUCUACCGUUACCUGUGCCACAACCGGGGGGCCUACAGGACCAGCGGAGAGCCCGCCCCGGGCGAGGACUACGAGCCCGUCGACCCCAGCGACAAGAAGGAGUACUUCAUCUGAACCGGGACCAGGACAGGUGCAUGGAAACCAGGAUGGAGGGAGGGAGGGAGGGAGGGUGGGUGGGAGGGAAAGAAAGGGGGAGGGAGGAUCUUGAGUUUCCAACAUCGAGCGUUGUCCCUUGGAUGGAAUGGGUUGUGGGCAGGCCUGAUUUGUUGGAGUUCGAGGAACAGGCGAAGAGAGCCACGGACAGUGGGCGGAGACGUUUGGGGCCAAAGGUAACGGAGGAGAGAGGUGUGGCUCUUGCCUCCCAUCACAGUACUGGCCCCUCAUCAGCAGCGGGCAACCGACCACAGAUUGUAUAUGAACGGGGUAUUUAAUGCUGGAGCUGGCGUUCACGCUGCCGCAAAUGGUGCAUUUUAUUUUUAUUUUAUUUGCGGAGAUUCUGGUGAGGGAUACGAUAGAAUCCUGUGAACCCAGCUAUGCUAACUACCAGUGUUUUUAUUUUAUUCCUUUAUUUUUAAAAAAAUCUUCAGGUGUCAAAAUUAGGUCAGAUAUCACUUUACCUGUUCAAAUAUGUCACCUAACUUGAAAGUUACGUGACAACGUGUAAAAUUCCUUUCUGAGUGUAGCAGAUAAGAAUUUGUUCUUAAGCACCAGUAACAGGUCUUUUAUUGGAUACUGUCUGACUAAUAUUCUAUUGACUGUUUUAAUCAGACAAUUUGGACAUAAGGCCAGGAAUGGAAAAAAGUAGGUUUCCUUUCCUGCAAACUGCAUUCUAAAGUCAUCAUUGUAUGGAUUGGAAAGUGACGUCACAGCUAAAUGCCUGAUUUCCUCCAUUUUACACUUUCCUGAACAUGUUCCCGUGUGAAAAUGGAGGCUGUGGCUUAAACGGACUGAUACAAAGAUACACAGUUUUGUGACGGUCAGCACAUUUUCUUCACCUCCAGCUAAAAGCAAAUCCCUAUAAUCUGAGUGUCUUCUGAAGAGCAUGGACUUGAGGUUGCGUGGCCACGAUACCCAUUUGAUGAACUGUCUUACUGCUGCAAAUGUAAAGAAAUCGAGUGCCAUUUGGUGGCAUCCAAUGCUGUAUAAUGAUAACGGUUUAAUGGCAGCCAGAAUAAACUUUGUUUGGCCGAGUCA